GGUUUCUAGCGGGUUGGAGGGAGUGAGAACUUGUUGGUAGGCGAAAAAUUGUGACUGUGACGAGGGUUUGUAUCAAGGAUGAUGUCUGAUAUCUCGAAGAAGUGGCGUGUAUCUGCCAAACAACAGCUGAUAUAGAUGGGGAGUCGGCUUUCAAAAGAGUUUGAUUCAGGGUAUAAUUAUGUCUGUAUUCUUCAUCUUCGGCAUUCUGCGGGCUUGGGGAUCACCAGGCAUUUAUAAAAAGUGCGGCCAGAGUGGCACACACGACUCACGACUCACGAGGGUGUCACACGCCCAUCUCCUACAGCGUUGCCGGCGUCGCACCGCCGUCACCCUGUCGCGCACUCGCGUCGAAGAGCGAGAGAGGAUCAGAGGACCCCCCCGGCCUGAGAAGCAACGGUUCAUGAUUGAUCGGCACGCACGGCAGUGCGGCCAGAGUCGCCAGACACAGAACUCAGGGUCCAACCCCCAGCAAGACCCGAGUCUAGCCCUUAGCAUGGGCGGGUCUCUCCGGAGGGCGGAGAUGAUUUGCGGUUCAUCAGAUCCCCGUUUUGGCGAGUCAGUCCUGGUUCCAAGAAAAAUCUGUGGAUGCUCGAAUGCAUACACUGCGACUGUCUGCGAGCUAAAUCCUUAAGUUUAGUGGGGGAGGGUCGAACAAUAUGACAAUAUCCCUUGCAAGUUGAGAUGGCGAAAUGAGUUGGGCGAAACACGAAACCUG